AUCUAAUGGGAUAUAUAUAUAAAUAAAUAAAAAAUAUCUAUUUUUUCCCUUUUUGUGAGCGUGAUUACGUCACUAAUGCGUGGCGUUCCUCCACCCUUACGCUUCCGGUCAGCUUGCCGUGAUCUCCAAAGUCGGAUCCGGUAAGCCCUCAGAAACAUGUCCGUAGAACGGCAGCCCGGGGAGCGCCCGGACUCCGCAGACCGACCGGAACUGGAGCGCCUGAUACUGGAGGCCCGGAACCGACCGAGACCAGCGCGGGAUGGCCGGGAUCCGCACCGGGUUGAUGCCAACCUGACCCAGCUGCAACCUGCAGAGGAGCCUCCGGAUGACUGCGAGCGGAUGGGGACGCUCUUCGGAAUGAUCAAUAAGUGCCUGCGCGGGAUCGGCUUCAGCCACAUGUACUUCGGGAAUCAAACCGUGGAGCCAGUGGUGAUCAUCUUCUUCUGGCUGCUGCUCUGGUUCCUGGGCAUCCAGGCGUUGGGCCUGGUGGGAACACUAUGCAUCAUCAUCAUCUACAUCCAGGACUGAUCCUGUCAGAGGAGCGCCGCCUGCUCCUACACGCGGUAUCUGGUUGAUGCGGAAGACCUGUGGACGUUUGAUUCAGUGGUUUGAGGUUUGUUUGGCCGGAGAGUGCCCAGAACCGGGCCUGAUCACAGUUCAGCCUGCCGGCCGACGGGGUUUCAUGAACCAGAACCAAACAGUCUGUCCACCUCCUUUCAUAAAAGAGCAGCAUCAGUUUUUCGGAAGACCCUCUGGGCGUCAGGAGAUGCUGUUUCAGCAGCAGCUCUGCAGGAUUUCCCCCAUCUAAGCCUGACUUUGUUCUCCAAUGUGUGCGCUCACACGGAAGCCCCUGACAGUCAGCGGUACUGUCAUGCUCUGAAAAGUUCAUGUUAGUAACGGGUUAAACAUCAGAGGUUCUCACAAAGCUGUUCUUUUAUCUUCUGGAGGGAAUAAACGAGCAGAGAUGUAUGAACUGUCUGUCUGGCACAUGUUCCAGUCCAGGUUGGACCUGAGCACAGCUGUAUCAGCCCACUGGAGGAGGUCAUGACCCGAGUCCGGCCUUCUGAUCAGAACUGCUGACUAAUCCAAUUCAGUCUGUUUCUCUAUCAGCUCUAAUGAAAGUUUUUCUUUGCUUUUUCCAACUUUGAGGGGACCGGCAGCACAAAUGCCACCUUCCUGAGGGGCGGAGUCACGGUCCUUUUGUUAAGUUGAAGCUUCAUGCUGAGAAUCAAGCUGAAACAGCACGGCUGAAGCCGAGCCGGUUCCAAAACACUCACUAGUGCAUGUGCCGAGCUGAUGAGCAUUAAUAAUACAUCACUGUCUGUUAAAGUGUUCUCCGUCUGUGGGUUCUAGGGAAGUCAUUUCUAUGAUAUGGUGAAAGUGCCUGUGGGGAAGCUGGUGUCUGUUUCUGUCUACACAUGAAUAAUGGAUGACUCCAACCAGAAUGAGCUGCUUCUUACUGAUCAAUAAAACUACUCAACUGGGUUUGAAGCAAAGA